AAUUUACAACAAUUCAUUCCAGAAGAGUAUUGUAAACUAAGCCUUAGUAUAGGAAUGAUGAGGAUAAAUCUAUUAGACUAUAUUUGGAGCAGAACUGUAAUUGCAGCCAAAUAUAUGCUUGACAAACCGCUUGAAGAAACU